AUGAGAGUAGCGGCGUCAACGCUGCUGCUAGGCGCCGCCUCGGUUGCCGUCGCCCAGCAUGAGCAGCACGUCCUGGGCGGUGUCAAGGACACCGUCAAGCCCAUCUUUGACUCCUCCGAGUCCAUCCUCGACAAGAUCGAGCAGACCUUGGGCAAGAUCCCCACCGAGGCCAAGGGUCUCUGGGACGAGAUGCAGCUCCUGGUGCCCGGCUUUAUGGAGAAGGCCCAGAACCUCAUCUCGCGCCCCAAGGCCCACACGCGCAAGCCCGACAGCCACUGGGACCACAUCGUCAAGGGCGCUGACGUCCAGAGCAUCUGGACCGAGACCAACGGCGAGAAGCACCGCAAGGUCGACGGCUCGCUCGAGGCCUACAACCUGCGCGCCAAGAAGGUCGACCCUUCGGCCCUCGGCGUCGACAAGGUCAAGCAGUACAGUGGAUACCUCGACGACGAGGCCAACGACAAGCACUUGUUCUACUGGUUCUUCGAGUCCCGUAACGACCCCAAGAACGACCCCGUCGUCCUAUGGCUGAACGGCGGGCCCGGCUGCUCCUCCAUGAUGGGUCUCUUCAUGGAGCUUGGCCCCUCCAGCGUCGACUCCAAGUUGAAGCUGGUGUACAACGAUUACUCGUGGAACAGCAACGCCUCGGUCAUCUUCAUUGACCAGCCCGUCAACACCGGUUACUCGUACAGCGGCAGCUCUGUCUCCAACACUGUGGCCGCCAGCAAGGAUAUCUACGCCCUCCUCACCCUGUUCUUCCACAACUUCCCAGAGUAUGCUGAGCAACCCUUCCACAUCUCGGGUGAGUCGUAUGCUGGUCACUACAUCCCGGUCUUUGCCUCCGAGAUCCUCUCGCACAAGAACCGCAACAUCAACCUGCAGAGUAUUGCGAUUGGUAACGGCUUGACCGACCCCAAGACCCAGUACGCUCAGUACCGCCCCAUGGCCUGCGGCGAUGACGGCAGCAACUACGGACCCAUCCUCGACGAGAGCCAGUGCCAGUCCAUGGAUAACUCGCUCCCUCGCUGCCAGUCCCUGAUCCAAGGCUGCUACGACUCCCAGAGCGCCUGGACCUGUGUCCCUAGCGCCAUCUACUGUAACAACGCCAUGAUUGGACCUUUCCAGCAGUCGGGCUACAACGUCUACGACAUCCGUGAGAAGUGCAAGGACCAGGCCAACCUGUGCUACACCCAGACCGCGUGGAUCGCCGAGUACCUCAACAAGCCCGAGGUUAUCGCUGCUGUUGGCGCCGAGGUCUACGACUACGAGAGCUGCAACACUGAUGUGAACCGAGCCUUCCUCUUCAACGGUGACUGGUCCAAGCCCUUCCACCUCCUCGUUCCCGACAUCCUCAAGAAGAUCCCUGUCCUCAUCUACGCUGGUGAUGCCGACUACAUCUGCAACUGGCUCGGCAACCAGGCCUGGGCUGAGGAGCUGGUGUGGCCCGGCAAGGAGAAGUACAACGACGCCAAGAUGACCUCUCUCGAGGUCGGCGACAAGAAGUACGGUGAGGUCAAGUCCAGCGGAAACUUCACCUUCAUGCGCAUCUACCAGGCCGGACACAUGGUGCCUUUCAACCAGCCCGAGGGCUCCCUGGACUUCUUCAACCGAUGGAUCGGUGGUGAAUGGUACGCUUAA